AUGUCCAACCCCACCAGGCCGACCGGCGAAAUCGACUUCGACAUCAACGGCCUCUACAUCCUCCUCUCAGAUAUAGGAGCAGAGUGGCAGUUCCAUUGGGGCUUCUACCUCGCAACCAAGCCAGGAGAAGGACGCGUCUACCACCUCGUCAACAACAUCGAGACGAACCACAAGUGGGAAUACAGGACCAGGCUAUCCCGCGGCGUUCCCCACUCCAUAUCCCUCCUCGUCGCGCUCAAGAUAGCGGUCAUGGACCCCGCUCUUCACGGGGCACUCGGCGACAGACUCAAAGCUGUCUCGCAGACCCCGCCUGUUACCUGUCGGAUUUGGCUGAAGAGGGCGCUGCAGGACCUUGACGAUGAGGGGUACAUUAAACUGAAGGGGGGUGUGGAUGAUAUCGAGCUGGAGGGAGAAUCGGCAGCUGUGGAGAAUAAGCACGCGAAAAUUAGGCAGGUCAUUGCUAGCAGGCUUAGUGCGGCUUAA